AUGUCUGGAGCACAAUUUCGUAAGAGAAAAUUAGAGAAACAAUUAUCGUUAGCAAAGCAAGCAGACUCGUUCAAGAAGUAUCUUCGUCCAAAUCUUCAAGAACAGCAACCAUCAGGCAGCAAUACAAAUGAUGAUAUGAAAGAAGACAUAACCAAUCCCACCACAGGAAGCUGUACUACAGAAGGUCCCGCUUUAUUUUCAGCAAAAGAAAAUACUCCACAACAGCGUGAAAUAACCAAACAACCACAACCAUGCAAAAGUACAAAUGAUGAUAUGGGAGAAGACACUAAUAAUCCUCCCACAGAAAGUUGUCUCAUUUUAAACUUCAGUGACCCUGCAACAUGGGAUGUCUCUACUGAUCAUCUGCGGCAAAUCCUCGUCAAACACGGGCCAGAUCAAGUGAAAAAUAUCGAGUUCCCAUUAGAUAACCAGCGAAGAAAGUUUUCUACAGUGCAUUAUAAGAGAAAACUAGUCAAUGGUGAACGUGUGCCUCGUUCAUGGCUGCAAUAUUCAGCUUCAAAGGAUUCUGUGUUCUGUUUCUGUUGUAAGCUAUUUUCUACAGAUGAAAAAUCCGCUCUAUGCAACAAAGGUGCGAAUGACUGGAAGAAUAUUUCAUAUAUAUUAUCAAAUCACGAGAAAAGUAGUAGCCAUUAA